CGCGUGGAACCGCCUCGCCAUCCUCCCUCUCCAUCCCUCAUUGUCUCCCGCAUUGAACCCCGCGACACUCCGUCCUUUCUCGCAGCAUCGCCCGUCAUCUCUCCCAGCGUCGCUCGUCAUUCCUCCUCUCCUUUCAUUGCAUUGGGAGCGAUGAGGCCGUCACAAAGUCUGUUGAACUGCUUGAGAUAAGAGGCGGGGUGCCCGAUUCCACCACACACUCGCCCCCAAUGGAUCGCAAGACGAAGGAGGAUGUGUACUGCACCCUCGUCAUGGACGACGGCUACCUGCCGGGUGCAGCAGUCCUGGCCAAGUCAUUGCGAGAUGCAGGCACCCAAAAGCCGCUUGCGUGCAUGGUGGUACAGGAAAAUCUCCGUGCAUCAACUAUGAGAGAGCUACAAUCCCUCUACGACCAUGUCCUCCCCGUUCCCCCCAUCACCAGCCCAAACACCGCCGCUCUCUACCUCAUGGGUCGUCCCGAUCUUCGUAACACCUUCACCAAAAUCCACCUCUGGCGGCUGACGCAGUACCGAAGAAUCGUAUACGUUGACGCCGAUGUGGUUGCGUUGAGGGCACCGGAUGAGCUUUUCGAUAUUCACGAUGAGUUUGCCGCCGCACCCGACGUCGGCUUCCCCGACAUCUUCAACACUGGCGUGCUUAGUCUUACCCCGGAUGCGGGCGUGUACGAGGCUCUGCUCACAAUGGCUGCCACUGGAGAUAGCUUUGAUGGCGCGGACCAAGGCUUGCUGAACCAAUACUUUGAACACAAGCCAUGGAAGAGGUUGAGCUUUACGUACAACUGCACGCCAAACGCCAAUUACCAGUACGAGCCUGCAUACCGCUACUACAAGCGAAACAUCAGCAUGGUGCACUUUAUCGGAAGCGAGAAACCAUGGAAGAAAGAGCGGUCGCGCGUGGGCUCAUCCGGUGCUUACCAGGAACUGCUCAAUCGAUGGUGGGCGGUGUACGACCGACAUUUCAAGGUUUCGACCUCCGAUUACAUACACGGAAAAGACACAUCCGCAUCAUUGGCCGUGCGACGCGAGGUGAGAAGCUCAAGCGAAAGCGAUGGCUACUAUGCCACAGGUUAUCCUAAGGAUUCCACGCAGCCUGCCCCUCCGCACGAAGGUGCCACUACUGCGACCGAAGUCCCAUUCACUGAAGCGGGAGAACAGGCAGAAAACAUUGGUCAAGGUAGGACCGAACCAACACCGACCGUUGAAGUCAGAAAAUUCUCCGCUCCGCACAUGGAGUGGGAUGCUACGCGCUCGGCUCCCCCGGUCCAGUCGAAGCCAGAGGCGGCCAAUUUCCCUACAGCAGUAUACGAGUUCAGCAAAGACCCCGUGCCUUUUCAGCCGCCCAAGUCGUACCCGGAGCCGCCCAGAGAUAUGCAUUAUGAAGUACCCAAGCCAGCCCCUCGCAAGGAAGAGAAGCUGGCUCCCAUUUUCCCUUGGGAGGAGCGUGAAGCCCCGAAGCCAACCCGCAGGUUCAUCGAAGAUGAACCCCCUCCCCCGAGCAUUGUGGUCCAAUCCGAGGACGAUGACUUUCACGGUGCAGACGAGUUGUCCGUACAAGCCCUGCCGACCGACGAGGAGCCAACCCCCUCGACUGCAUUGCGAGGGGCUCCCGACGGCUCCUGGGAUCCUUUCGAUGCCGCCAGCAAGAAUGCCUGGGACGAUGUAGCGGGCAUCGAGCAAUACGUCCGUGCCCUGACUGCGCAGCAAAAGUCGCGAGGCCAGGUGCAAGUCGUGCCACCGACGACGCCUCCCAAGCAGCAACAACAGACAGCGGCACAAGAAAGCGUCUUGUCGCCUCUGAACGAACCGCUUGCGCCCGAUGAUCUCGUUCAAAAAGUACAGAAGCGUAGGGAGAGCCUUCUCCUCACCGACUUCCCCACUGCCAUCGAACGGCCCAGUCUCCCCGUCACGCCUGCGCCAAUUCGUCGCUCGACAUUCUGGAGCGGCGAGAACGAGGGAGAGGACCAGUUGCCGCCGGCUGAAGGCGUGCCAAGCCAGGAAGACUGGGAUCCCGCCGUCCAACUCGAACAGUUGCGCCGCAACUCGCUCAUCGGCGUUGGUGAUCUCAAAUUACCUGGGUUCGCAGCUGAUAAACCCAAGACUAUCCCGGAACGUCAGAUGCCGGGCAAUGCUCCCUCAAGGGCAGCGGCCGUCGCAUUCAACGACGAUGUAUUCGGCGUGGGGAGUCCAGGCAGCGGUGGCGUCGCUGGCAGCACAGGCGUUGGUGGGGGUGGAUCUUCGUGGGGCCUGGGCUUGUCGUUACCGGCGGAGUCGACAUCGACAACGACAACUGAGACCUCCAAGACUUUCUCAAGUUCCGAGGCAUUCGACACCUCUGCCGCCGCCGAGACUUCAAGGAUCUCCGAGAUAUUCCAAAAGUCUGACGACACGUUCGACGCCGCCGCCGAGAAGUCGAGAAUCGCCGAGACUGUCGAGCGCGCGGAUGAGUCUUUCGAUACCAGUUCCGCUCCUGCCGCCGCUGCAGAGACUUCCCGCUUAUCCGAAAUGUCCCGGACUUUCGAGUCGGCGCAGACUUUCGAGUCCGCCCAGACUUCCGAGACUAUCGAGAGUAUCGAGGGUUCGACGUCGACUUCGGGUGGAGUGCGCUUCGGGACCGAAUUCGCGUCCGAAAGCUGACGGUGAUGGGGGAAGGAUGCGUGGCGUUUUUUUCCCUUCCCUCUCUCCACCUCCGGGGUUUCCCGAGCUCUGAGAGGGUAUGGAUGCAGUUGUGGAUGGCCUGGCUGGAUGUGGAUGCGGUGGCGUGCUCGGAGCGCAAUGCUCCCGGCACGUGGCUUUUAGCCGUUUGCUUUUCUUUCCUUGCUGGUGGCAUGUCUGCGUUGCUCCGGUGGGGCUUUGCGGGCGAUCAUUGAUGGACGACAUGCGCUCUGCUUUCCCUUCUACAUUAUUAGAGCGUUAUAGCGGCUUAUGUGAAAAGCUGGCGAGGUAAUUAU